UUAAACAAGGUAAAAAAUUAAACCCAAAAAAUAAACAUAGGAAAGUAAUCAUACUUUUUCAAUUUCUUCCCCAAAUUACCCCUCACUUUUCAACUUCCCCCCAUUUUCUAACUCCCUUCUCUCUCCUCCUUCUCGCCAUCUCUCUGUUCUAUCUUCUCACCAGCACCGAACCCCCAUCGAACCCAGCCACCCCGCAAUGCCACACCGAACCCAGCGACCCACACGAACCCACACGAACACACCGAACCCAGCGACGAACCCACACGAACCCAAUGACCCACGCGGACCAAGGAACGAAAGGCCGGACCUCCGAGAACCGCACCAGUCUCCGAUCACCGCCGCCACCGCCAUUUGAACCCACGGGAACCAAGAUGGCUCUAGAGCUUGUUCUCCCAUUGUCCGAGCAUUUUCCAGGGCGUAUCAGCUACAGAGGGAACGGGUACUUCACUGCUAUAAAGGAUAAGUUCGAAGCCUUUAAGUUGACUGAUAAGGUGAAGGAAAGUCCCUUCGGAUCUUUUUGGAAUGCCAGUGUUCUUCAAUUCUCCGGGGUGAUUGUGCAUCAACUGUUAUUGAGGAAAAAGAAUGUCACUGAAGUUAAAAACGAUGAAGUGUGGUUUUACGUGGGUAAAACGGAAGCCAGAUUUGGGAGGUCUGAGUUCGGUUUGAUCACAGGCCUAAAGAUGAGCAGUGGCCCCUCGACAGCAUAAUUGAAUACACAAUGUGAUUCUAAUCGGAUACUGCCGGACUAUUUCAACAAUGCGAAAAGGGUGGCCUUCAAAACCCUUUGGCUAGCUUUUGAGGCGUGUGAUGUUGAAGAUGAUGUUUACAAGCUGGGUUUAUGUGCUUUUGUUGAAGGUGUUCUGUUGUCACGGUCCGAGGGUGUGUAUAUUUGGACUGAUAUGCUGAAGUUAGUUGAAAAUGUAGAUAACUUCUUCGAGUAUCCUUGGGGUCUCCUUUCUUAUCAGAAGUUGUUGUCUUCCACAGCUAAAAAUAUGCAGCAGCUAUGACAAAACUACAUAGAUAAGUUGUUGAGCAAGAAAGAUAAGAAGAAGAAGAAAUCCAUGAAGGAGAAAAAAGUUACUCAACCAGAAGCGAAGUACAAUGUGUACGGAUAUGCACCGACCCUACAAUAUUGGGCGUUUGAGGUCAUGCAAGAUGUGGGGAAGAAGUAUGGGCAGUGCAAAGGGAGCAGAUUCCCUAGAAUGUUGAACUGGAGCACCCCCGUUACUAUUACGAAACACGAUGUGAAGGAAACUGAUGUGGCACUGCUGUUUGAGAAAAGGAUGGUUGUUCUUCAAAUCUUGUACCCUCGGAAUUGGGAGGUUGAAUACUGGAAGUCCAAUUGUGAGGGUGAAGUCCCCACGGUGGAUAUGGGCUCAGAUGAUGUAAUGCCCCGAAUUCCCCGAUGUGUUUAUCGGCAUGAAUAGUAGGCCGGGAGGGCCGUACUUGUUUAGUUAUGUUAUUAAUUGAU